AUGGAUAUUGAUCUCCUCUGGACUCUUGGGGGGUGCUACUGGUUUCUAAUUAUUAUUCCAGCUGCUGCAGAUUGCAUGGCCACACUUAGAUCAUCAUCAUCUUCCACAUCAGUUUCUGAAAUUAACAUCUCCACAACAAAAUCCCACUCUCUCCUCUUCUUUCUCUCUCUUCUCUUCCUCUUCCUCGUCCUCGUUCACUCCGCAGACCCCUCAACUCCCCCGACCACCUUCCCAACCGCAUCGACCACAGCCACGAUGAAUUUGCUCCCAAAAAACACUCCAAAUUCACAUUCCUCUUCUUCUUCAUCAGCGAAAUCGACACGAAGACAGUUUGAAGCGGGAGCCCAUGAAGUUCCAAGCGGCCCAAACCCAAUAUCAAACAGAUCUGCGCAUGAAACCAUGAAAGAGUGA